AAAGGAGGAAGAACAUGGACUGAAGUUUGACAGGAAAACACAAGAUCUGCACAACAGAGCUGCACUUGUUUACCUCAGGGAAUACAGUAAAGAUGGAGGACUUGUGGGCAAUGACCCUUUGGGUGCUGAAGAUUUGGCUUUACCUUAUUUUCUUCCUCAUCAUGAUCCCAGCCAUGUUUGGCUUCUCACUGGGCAUCUCUGAGACAUACAUGACCAUCCUGGUCAAAACCUUAGAGUGGGCCACUCUGAAGAUACAGAAGGCAAAUACAGAAGAACAAGCACUCAAAGCCUCUGCAUCUAAUGGUCUCAUCCAGAGGGACGAUGGCUCUAUGGAGAAAGAGUUCGAGGAACUUAGACGGAGUCGCCCCAAACCCCCAGACGGCGGCAAUUUUACACUUAGUGACUGUUUUUAUUUCAGUCGGAGAGGAAUUGAGAGUAUUGUAGAGGAUGAGGUGACCCAGCGGUUCAGUUCAGAGGAGCUGGUGUUAUGGAACCUGCUGACUCGCACAAACAACGAUUUCCAGUACAUCAGUCUGAGGUUGACACUGGUUUACGGCUUCGGCAUCUUUGUGAGAUACUGCAUCCUCGCCCCACUCAGGAUAACACUGGCCUGCAUUGGCCUCACCUGGUUGGUUAUUGGAACAUCUGCUGUUGGACUGCUCCCAAAUUGGAGGAUAAAGUUCUGGCUCAGUGAAUGGGUCCAUGUCAUGUGCUACAGGAUCUGUGCUCGAGGACUCUCUGCCACCAUCCACUACCACAACAGGGAAAAUAAACCCAAAAAAGGAGGAAUCUGUGUUGCCAAUCACACCUCCCCUAUCGACAUUGUGAUACUCUGCAAUGAUGGGUGUUAUGCUAUGGUAGGUCAGGUACACGGAGGUUUGAUGGGAAUCCUCCAGAGAGCCAUGGUAAGAUCCUGUCCCCAUGUCUGGUUUGAGAGGGCAGAGAUGAAAGAUCGCCACCUGGUGGCCAAAAGGUUGAGGGAUCAUGUGAAUGACAAGACAAAGCUUCCCAUAUUGAUAUUUCCAGAGGGAACCUGUGUCAACAACACAUCUGUCAUGAUGUUUAAGAAGGGAAGUUUUGAGAUUGGAGGAACAAUCUACCCUGUUGCCAUUAAGUAUGACCCAAAGUUUGGAGAUGCUUUCUGGAACAGUUCCAAGUACAGCAUGGUCAGUUACCUGCUGAGGAUGAUGACCAGCUGGGCCCUCGUCUGUAAUGUGUGGUAUCUGCCAGCCAUGCACCAACAGGAGGGGGAAGAUGCUGUCCAGUUUGCCAACAGAGUUAAGUCAGCCAUCGCUCACCAGGGAGGGCUGGUGGAUCUACAGUGGGACGGAGGCCUCAAGAGAGCAAAGGUGAAGGAGUCGUUCAAAGAGGAGCAGCAGAAGCAAUACAGCAGCAUGGUGGUGGGAGACGACGGCAGCAACAGUGACUGAGAAUCGCAGCCAGUAUGAUGGACAUGCACAAGGCCUGGUUUUGGAGAAUAUAUACUAGAAAUAGGCUAUCUUCUCAUUAGCUGGACCUAAAAUAGAAUACUGCCAAGUGGACUGAAACACUCUGAAAACUUUGGUAAAGCUAACGAGAGGAGUCUCAUUUACAGAGAGCACAAGUGCAAUAUUGAACUCCAUGAGGAGCAGACUGACUGUGAAAAGGGAAAAUCACUUUGUUUUUACUGCUGUUGAAGGUAGCUACUGUUUUGAUCGAAUGUUAAUGCUGAUCAAAUGCUCUGAAUGAAUGCAAUGUGUGAUUGCAGUGAAGCCAAUAGAAAAACUGGCAACAUGAACAUCUCUGAUUCGACUUGUUCAUGUGCUGCUCAUUGUUUUUUCAAAUAAAUUUUAGUUCACAAAUGUGA